CCCUGGAGGUAUGCAGAACAGACCAUACAGGUCGCCAAUGGGAACCUGGAAAUUUUCAACUCCGUUAUUACUUACUCACAGUAUGGCGGCUCGAAUCUGUUCUCCUGCGGCGAAUCUCGCAAAUGCCAGCUGGGUCUUGUCCGGUUGCGGUUGAAUCAGAGAUUGUACUUAUCUUUCACAGGGUGUUUACAUCUUACCACGCCCGAUCGAAUUUGUCAAGACGGUCGGCUCGUGUCAACAUGACAGACAAUGGCGUAUCCAUGUCGCACUCGGGCUGCAUCGGUCCGCUGGAAUCGCAUAGCUAAUUGCGCCGUACAGCAGACCAACUGGACGGACCUCAGAGAGGCGCAUGCAGUUCAAAUAUCUGUGACCGGGGUGGUGAAACCCACCAGCUAUCUCACCUUUACCCCGUACGAACCGUCUUUAAGCGGAACAUGUGUGGAUUUGUCAGGUACGUUCGACGGACGCAAACCUACGACUAGAGAAUGUAACCCAUGCGAGGACGUCAGGCUGACGGCGUGCUGCCUCGAGCGGCGAGGCGACGGAUGUUGUUGCCUCGUCCAACGAGCAUCAUCUUCGCUCGUCACAGAGGCUCAGACUGCCCAGCAAACCCCUAGAGCCUCUGCCUCGAAGCGACAAAGGAAUCUCCCAAAACAGCCAAUGCUUCUGCCGGUUCGUGCAAGCACUUGGCAAGCCACUUUCAAGAGCACGCGAAGAUGACGCCUGCGGUACGAUCGUGACAACACCCAUGACCGGUCGACGACGACUUUGUGCAUCUGUUCCCCAAUUACCGUCAUCAUGUUCUCCCUCGGGCCCUCG